AUGCAACGAAAUUCCACGGAAAUUCUGAAUCGCAAGGUUCUUUCUCCGUUAUAUCUGUUUCUCGGUGUCCCGAACUUGCCGCGAGUUGGGAGACCUUGGAGAAAAUGGCUCAAACCUUUGGAGCCAACGAUAGAUUCCAAAAUUGGUUGGCAACUUGCGCUAUGCAUGAGAAUCCCAGACAUCGUUGGCGUUGAUGAUAUGGACGUCAAGCUACAAGCAAUCAAAAUGUGGUGGACUAUAAUGAUGUUGAAAGGGACCGUCCCUUGGACUGUUUAUCCAUGCUUCUCUCGCAGGCAGCUAUUCCUUCUGGUCCGUUUGCUUGAGAUGCUGCAGGACGUUACUAGACCACCAUUUUCACUUUAUCCACCCAAAGCAUUUUUCAAAGCAGUGAAGAAGAUCCUACGCCACCCGCGAAUAGAGUUGAUACCCAAGGAUAUAUUCCACCCAGAUGUAACCAUCAUGGCUACCCUGCUCAAGUUGAAGCCAAACAGGGUGUUCCAGCUGGAUCGUUCUCUUCCCGAACUGCUUUCGCAGUGGUUAGAUGAUAUGAAUUAUAUUGACGCAUAUCUAGCGUAUGACGUUGAUAUCGUUCCUAUUCCUCAGUCCAAAUUCUUGACAAUGACCGAGUGGGCCUGGGCUAACUACAGCCAAGGAUGUGUUCCGGACUGGAUCCGCUACGACCGCACCGUUGAUCUCGGGGAUACUAUUGCAAAGUUGGUCGGUUGCCUACAAGAUGUGACUUUACCAUUCGAACAGCGACGAAAGAUUUCUAUGCUCAAAAGUGCAUUGCUCACUUUUUCUAAAUACGAUGAUGGACCUGAUCUCAAUCAAGUGCCUAUCGAUAUAAUCAACCCAUUUGCGUUGUCUGCUUCCCUGAUCUCAAAAAUUCCGAUGCCGAAUGGUUUUGUUGAUGAAUGCUUCGCGUUUCUUGGGGAGGUGAUUUGCAGUAUAGUAGUUGAGAAGCGGUUUAGUCAAACUCUGUCUUACAGGUUGCGAGAAAGUCAAACCGGUUACGCCAAAAUCCUACAAGAAAAAGCACAGGAAACUUACUAA